AUGCAUAGGAGACUCUCUUCUGCCGAAAAAGGAAAAGGACUAGCCCUAACCUCCCAAGAAGAGGCACCCAGGAAAGCUAGAGUACGAGUCACAACUGAGACUCCGGAUAACUCCGCUCGAUUCCGACAGCUCAACCUUACCUUGAUAGGGAAGGUAACAAACCCAUCAGUUCAAAAGGUCUGGACCCUCAUUCCUUUCUUCACCGACUUGUGGAAAACAGAAAGAAGACCUGUUGGCUCAGAUUUGGGUCAAGGCCUAUUCCAAUUUCAAUUUGAAGAAGAAGCUGACCUACUAGGGGUUUUGGAAAAACGCCCCUACCACUUUGCUAAGUGGAUGAUAAUAUUGCAAAGAUGGGAGCCAACUAUCUCCCCGUCGUUCCCAUCACUCAUACCUUUCUGGAUUAAGGUUCAAGGAGUCCCGCUUCACCUAUGGACUGAGGCCACUAUCAAGUCCAUAGGAGAGGACAUUGGAAUGUCCGAAUCACUCGAGAUUACUUCUCUGGCCAUCCGAAUGAGAGUUCAUGUCAACGGAAGACUCCCAUUAAUCAAGUCUUCAGUAAUUGAGUAUGACAAUGGAGAUGAGGUCAUAGCAACACUGGUCUACGAAAGACUUGAAAAACAUUGCUCUCAAUGCAAUAGACUGGACCAUGAGCUCAAAGAUUUCCUCGAAGCAAAGGCACUAAAGAAAGCAAGGGCUCUUGCGGCACCAGAACUCUCUACAGGGAGCUACUAUAAGGAAGACAGAUCAAGAGAAAUGAUGGCCCACUCUCUGCAACAGACUCCCCGUAACUCUGGAAACUAUCGCCCCAAAGAACCCUACCAAAACAGAAGAGAUCUGAGAUAUGAGGUCCUCGACCGUAGGCACCAACGCCUAACAAAAAAUAGGAGUAUCAGUAGGAAUUUAAGAUACAAGAGGCAGGAAUGGCAACCAAAAAACGCUAAUAGCUUACGUAACUUGGGAAGAGAGGACUCCCGAGAUAGAAGAGAUACCCACUCCGCGUCUCAGAGUUGA